CACCAAUUUUGAGCACAGUUCCGGUAAAGCUCGUACCUGCUUUGUGUACGUUUUUGUUAUCGCUUCUUCGAUGACUGAGUGUAAAAUCUAGGUAUAUGUUAAUAAUUUUCGCUUAAUCGAAGGUUGCAUGACUCUGCUCGAACCCUAAAAUUCAACAAUACCAGCAGAGACCGCAAACAAACGGACGAACCGCACAGGUCGUUUCACGUGAGUCGGCAACUGGCGGCGGCAUAUCUAGUUGAUGGGAGUUCGAUGAGCGAAGAGAGCGCAAAGGCACAAACCCGUUGUCGCGGAGCAAGUACAUGGCGGCACAGACGGACAGGUUGUUGAAUGGGAUACCUAGCGGCUGUUGCUCCGAUCGCGAGCAGACAGUAGCGUUCGAGACGUGGCGGAUUUCGGUAGUGCAACUUUCGGAGGUGACCGCGAUUGAAUAAUUUAUGGCACUGUCUACUUAACUUAAGUGCUCUUUUCAUCUAAUGUGAUUGUGGCUUGUUGAGGGGUUUUGGAGAGUGAUUUGGGUUCAAAGGUUUCCGUGGCCACAUAAUGCGAAACGAGUGAUGUGAAUUUCAAUUGGAUAAAUAUCUAGAUGGAUUAUCAAAUCACAAAAGAUAGUGUGUUGAGUGUGUAGUGUUAAACUGUGGAACAUGCAAGUUCGUAUAUCAAUGAGAUAACACCAACGAAGCCACUGUGCAUUUAAUUAUAUAAGAAAUCGAAGACAGCGAAAUCAAGAAACUAGUUACGUGUAGCAGCCUUAAGAGAUAAAAUACUUCAGUUCGCCUGUUGUAACGUAUUUCGUAGUUUACGUGUAAAAGUAGUCUACAAAAUUGCAAGUUUGACCCCAAAUCGUCGUUUAAUUCCAAGAGAGAAAGUCUCUUUCCAUCAAUUCCACAAACCAGUUACCCGUUGUUGAUUUUGUUUUGUUUGCACGUCGGACGAUUUUCGAGUGGUUUUUGGAGACCAGUGAGUAUGCCAAGCACACAUCGUUUCAACUCAGCGGUCGGUGACAUCGAAACUCAACAAACGGUAGAAUAUCGAUGACGCGGAUCCUACAUUGAUUGGCAUAUCGGGCAGCUAAAUAUAAGCCAUUCAUGUUUACCUAGUUUGUUUGAUGGCAAUGACGCAACCUGUUGCUGUCAGGCUGAUUGUUUUGCAUUAGAUUAGCAUGGAAACGACACUUUUAUUUCAGUGUAUGUGCAUCGAUAGUUUGCAACGAAUGCUAUAUUUUGCUCACGUUGCUGAUUUUUAAUCACUGCUUCGCGAUAUUUCUGCCAUUAUCCAUGACUGCGUUAUUUUUUGCAUUAUGCAAUAUGUUGAUAUUAUGCUAUCGCGUUUUCUCUCUUAUGACUAUCGCGUAUGCUUUACAACAGACUGACCGACUGGUAUACUACACGAUACACGGUAGUGACGUCGCUGUGACGGACGACUGGCCUACAGCUUCACUACACCAAUGUUGGAGCCGGUUUGAUGGCGUCACAGAGCCUUCCUCUCCACUACAGUUCCCGCUGCAUUAACUGGUUUGUGGAAUUCUGCGUCGAUUGACUACGAAUGUCCAUCGCAGGGCGAAGUGGAGAAGAGAGGCAGGAUCCUUGAAUCAUCCGAUGGAGUCGAUGGGGCUAUAGUUUUAUGAAAAACACACACAAACUUGAAAACCCCACACGCGUGGACAGUCGCGUGUCGGCUGUUUGGCGCGCCAUGUGCUUCGCUCGUAAAUGGACAUUCGUUUCUCAUCUCUGUGUUGAGACUUGAAUGGAGAGGAAAUUUUGCUCAAACUUUCCGCUGAGACAGUCGGUCGAUAUGUGUUGUUGGAUUGGGGCUGGUUCAAGCACUGUUAUUCUCUGCUCAUCGUACGAUAUCCAUCAUCAUCAGUGAAGAGGAUAAAAAUCGUAUAACCAUGAUUAACACGAUGAUGGCUGUUGCAUUUGCGGGUUUCCUCAGUGCUGGUAGAACAUCACACUUCAAUAGUGGAUCGGCUACCGUUGGGGAUGGUGCGUAGUCUGUUUGAAACGAAGAUAAAUGGUUGGUUUUCUUUUCCGGAUAGUAGGUAGAUCGAAGUGACUAUAAACGUUGGUAUUAUCUGUGUAGGACCAGGAAGAAAUAGAAAAUCCAAUCAGUGCAACCAUGUUUCAUCGAAAAUAUUUCAUCUUGAGUGCUAAAUAAACGUACGAUAAGUAAAACGUGAAUUCGCGACAACGCGAGCUAGUGUAAACGAUUACCUCAUACCUCUCUUGUGUUUGCGUGAUAACGAACGAAGAAGCACUGAAUCCAUUGAAGAUUGCCGAGUGCAGCGUUGGAGAUUUGGUGCUCAUACUGUUGCUGCUGUUUAGUGCCUACGCUUUAGCGCUAGUGUCCAGAAGUAUGCUAAAAAGACGUCCCAGCAAAAGGUUCGUUUUGGCAGAAACUGGCGAAGAAAGUACCUGGGACACUACUAUGGACAAUGAUACUGGUGGGAAACAGGCGUCCGUGACAUCACCGGUGCCGCCGCCGGUCAUCAAUCUGGAAACGGCCGUGCCAAGCGGAAGUACGAGCACUAGCAGCAGUGUGAGCGAGGAUGGGCCGCCCGGUAGUGGCAAUGGCGCUACUGCAGGCGGCGCUGGCGGCCCGGGAGGCGAGCUCAAGGUUCCUGCCCUUGACAACUUGAAGCUGACCGAGAGUGGACGCUUGAAACCUAGUAUGUCCCAUGGCACCGGCCUGGGGUUAGAGCGAGGCCAUGAGCGAGACUUUGUGCUGUCGACCACCGAGGAAUUCGUUAAGAAAUUCAACGGAACGCGUGCGAUCAAUAAGGUAUUGAUUGCCAACAAUGGUAUCGCAGCGGUCAAAUGUAUGCGGUCGAUCCGACGAUGGGCGUACGAGAUGUUCAAGAACGAACGGGCGGUGCGCUUUGUCGUUAUGGUUACCCCGGAGGAUCUUAAAGCUAAUGCCGAGUACAUCAAAAUGGCUGACCACUACGUUCCAGUUCCGGGAGGUUCGAACAACAACAACUACGCCAACGUAGAACUGAUCGUUGACAUUGCGCUCCGAACUCAGGUUCAAGCGGUUUGGGCUGGUUGGGGUCAUGCUUCCGAGAACCCAAAGCUUCCGGAGUUGCUGCACAAGAAAGGUCUGGUGUUUCUGGGACCGCCGGAACGUGCCAUGUGGGCCUUGGGAGAUAAGGUUGCCUCUUCGAUUGUUGCACAAACGGCCGAGAUUCCCACGUUGCCGUGGUCCGGUUCGGAACUGAAGGCACAGUACAGCGGGAAGAAGAUCAAAAUUUCCAGUGACUUGUUUGCGCGGGGUUGUGUUACCACUUCGGAGCAGGGCUUGAUAGCAGCCGGCAAGAUCGGUUUCCCGGUGAUGAUCAAAGCUUCGGAAGGUGGUGGUGGAAAAGGUAUCCGGCGUGUUGAUCAUGCCGAUGAGUUCCCUGCUCUGUUCCGUCAGGUUCAAGCUGAGGUACCCGGAUCGCCUAUCUUUGUGAUGAAGCUGGCUCGGGGUGCCCGACAUUUGGAGGUUCAGCUGCUGGCCGAUCAAUACGGCAAUGCAAUCAGUUUGUUCGGUCGUGAUUGUUCCAUCCAGAGACGACAUCAGAAAAUCAUCGAAGAGGCUCCGGCUAUCAUAGCUGAGCCGGAAGUUUUUGAGGACAUGGAAAAAGCUGCUGUUCGAUUGGCGAAAAUGGUUGGUUACGUGAGUGCCGGAACAGUAGAAUAUUUGUACGAUGCGGAAGGAAGAUAUUUUUUCCUGGAAUUGAAUCCACGUCUACAGGUAGAGCAUCCCUGUACGGAGAUGGUUGCGGAAGUAAAUCUCCCGGCUUGCCAACUUCAAAUCGGUAUGGGAAUUCCAUUGUACAGAAUCAAGGAUAUCCGGCUGUUGUACGGUGAGCAUCCUUGGGGAUCAUCGGUGAUUGAUUUCGACAUUCCAUCAAACAAACCGCGUCCUCGUGGUCAUGUAAUUGCCGCUCGUAUCACAUCUGAAAAUCCUGAUGAAGGCUUCAAGCCAAGCUCCGGUACCGUGCAGGAAUUGAAUUUCCGCUCAAGUCAAAACGUUUGGGGUUAUUUCAGUGUAGCUGCGUCUGGCGGUCUACAUGAGUUUGCGGAUUCUCAAUUUGGCCAUUGUUUUUCGUGGGGUGAGAACCGACAGCAAGCUAGAGAAAAUCUAGUUAUUGCAUUGAAAGAGCUCUCAAUUCGCGGCGAUUUCCGAACAACGGUUGAAUACCUGAUUACGCUUCUGGAAACUAACAGCUUUUUGGAGAAUACCAUCGACACGGCAUGGUUGGAUGCUUUGAUUGCAGAACGCGUGAAGGCGGACAAGCCGGAUAUAAUCCUUGGCGUGGUUUGUGGAGCUUUGCAUAUUGCUGACCGGAAAAUUACGGAUGCUUUCACGAGCUUCAAGACAUCGAUGGAAAAAGGACAAAUUCAGGCUGCUAAUACGCUUACCAAUGUGGUAGACGUUGAGCUAAUAUCCGAGGGUAUUCGAUACAAGGUUCAACCAGCUAAAACGGGUCCAAAUACCUAUUUCCUAGUGAUGAAUGGAUCGUUUAAAGAAGUUGAAGUUCAUAGGCUAUCCGAUGGUGGCAUGUUGAUUUCGUUGGAUGGUUCAAGUUAUACGACAUAUAUGAAAGAGGAAGUUGAUCGUUAUCGCAUUGUGAUCGGUAACCAGACGUGUGUUUUCGACAAAGAAAAUGACCCAUCCCUACUGCGAUCUCCAUCAGCUGGCAAACUGAUCAAUUUGUUGAUCGAAGAUGGUGCCCACAUCGUUAAAGGACAGCCGUACGCUGAAAUCGAAGUCAUGAAAAUGGUUAUGACUCUCACCGCUGGUGAAACCGGUACAGUUUCUUUCGUGCGUCGUCCUGGUGCUGUUUUGGAUGCCGGAUCACUACUCGGUCAUCUGGAACUGGAUGACCCUUCAUUGGUUACGAAAGCUCAACCUUUCAAAAACCCAUGGCCUUUGACUGGUGAUAGUGGUCAAGUUCCCGAAAAACUGAACCGUGUACAUUCCUCAUACAAAACGAUUCUAGAAAACACUUUAGCUGGAUACUGCCUGCCUGAUCCUUAUAACGCACCUAGACUUAGGGAAAUUAUUGAAAAAUUCAUGCAGAGUCUGCGAGAUCCAUCUCUUCCCUUGCUGGAACUGCAAGAAGUCAUUGCAUCAAUUUCCGGACGGAUACCUCUGUCGGUGGAAAAGAAAAUCCGGAAACUCAUGCAACUCUACGAGCGCAACAUCACUAGCGUACUAGCUCAAUUCCCAUCACAGCAGAUUGCUUCCGUGAUCGAUAUGCACGCAGCCACGUUGCAAAAGCGCACCGAUCGCGACGUAUUUUUCCUGACCACGCAAGGAAUAGUGCAGUUGGUGCAGCGUUAUCGCAACGGCAUCCGUGGUCGUAUGAAGGCAGCUGUCCAUGAACUGCUUCGCCAGUACUAUGCAGUUGAAUCUCAAUUCCAGCAUGGCCAUUACGACAAGUGCGUGGCCGCCAUUCGUGAUAAGCAUAAGGAGAACAUGGAUGUCGUUGUCUCAACUAUUUUCUCACAUAGUCAAGUUGCGAAGAAAAAUCUCCUGGUGACCCUUCUGGUUGAUCAUUUGUGGGCAAAUGAACCUGGCCUAACAGACGAGCUGGCUGCCACCCUGAGCGAAUUGACUUCGUUGAAUCGCGCAGAACAUUCUCGCGUUGCGCUUCGAGCGCGUCAAGUACUGAUUGCAGCCCAUCAGCCGGCUUACGAGCUCCGCCACAAUCAGAUGGAGUCGAUAUUCCUGUCGGCUGUUGAUAUGUACGGCCACGAUUUCCAUCCGGAGAAUCUACAGCGUCUGAUCUUGUCGGAAACAUCCAUCUUCGAUAUAUUGCACGACUUCUUUUAUCAUUCGAACCGUGCCGUUUGCAACGCUGCAUUGGAGGUCUACGUGCGUCGGGCGUAUACUUCCUACGAAUUGACCUGUUUGCAGCACCUGGAACUGUCGGGAGAGGUUCCUUUGGUCCAUUUCCAGUUCCUGCUGCCAACGGCGCAUCCCAAUCGUUACAAACUGCUUCCGGAUGGAACCGAGACGGACAAUAUUUUCGAUUCCUUCAUGCGCACCGGUUGUAUGGCAGCGUUUGAUUCGUUUGAUCACUUCACUCAAUAUUCGGAUGAAAUUUUGGACUUGCUGGAAGAUUUCUCGUCGCCAUCGUUCGUUAAUGCUAAAGUGCUGGAAGCCGUAGAGGCCGGAGACUCCGAUCGUCGUAUGAGUACAUCGAUCAAUGUUUCUAUUUCGGACCCGAUCACUCGACCUGCCGAAACUGAUGGAAUUGCAACUCACCCAGCGGAAGCUAUUCACAUUCUGAGCAUUGCUGUUCGUGACAUGGGCGAUAUGGAUGAUCUGCAGAUGGAGCAUGUGUUCGGAUCGUUCUGCGCUCAGCACCGCGAAGAGCUUUUGACUCGUCGAGUAAGGAGAAUCACGUUUGCAGCACUCAAGAAGCGGCAAUUCCCCAAGUUCUUCACAUACCGUGCUCGGGAUAACUUCGAGGAGGAUCGCAUUUAUCGCCAUCUGGAGCCGGCAUGUGCCUUCCAGCUUGAGCUCAACCGAAUGCGAACGUAUGAUUUGGAAGCUCUACCAACGGCCAACCAAAAAAUGCACCUCUACUUGGGUCGAGCGAAGGUACCCAAAGGACAGGAAGUUACUGAUUUCCGUUUCUUCAUUCGUUCGAUCAUUCGUCACUCGGACCUGAUCACCAAAGAAGCCUCGUUUGAAUAUCUGCAGAAUGAAGGCGAACGUGUUUUGUUAGAAGCUAUGGACGAAUUAGAAGUUGCUUUCUCCCAUCCUCAAGCGAAGCGGACGGAUUGUAACCACAUUUUCUUGAACUUCGUUCCGACGGUAAUAAUGGAUCCGGCAAAAAUAGAAGAAUCUGUUACCAAAAUGGUGAUGCGCUACGGCCCUCGAUUGUGGAAGCUUCGAGUGCUACAAGCCGAACUUAAAAUGGUCAUUCGGCAAACAACACAGUCUCCAACUACCUCCGUACGUUUAUGCAUAGCAAACGAUUCAGGCUACUUUUUAGACAUAGCAAUGUACACCGAAGUGACCGACCCCGAAACUCAUGUGAUCAAGUUCCAAGCAUAUGGCAACAGACAAGGCCCACUGCACGGAUUACCGAUUUCAUCACCAUACAUGACCAAAGAUUAUCUACAGCAGAAACGCUUUCAAGCACAAUCGAACGGUACCACCUAUGUGUACGACAUUCCGGACAUGUUCCGCCAGAUGACGGAACGCUUGUGGAAAGAGUUCUCCAAGGCGAGGCCAACGGAAGAUAUCCGGAUUCCAGAGAAGAUAUUGCUCGUAUGCAACGAACUAGUGCUAAAGGGUGACACUUUGGAAGAAAUCCAGCGACUACCUGGAGAGAAUAAUGUUGGCAUGGUGGCUUGGAGAAUUGUUUUGGCUACUCCGGAAUUCCCGGAUGGUCGCGAAAUUGUCGUGAUUGCUAAUGAUUUAACGUACUUCAUCGGUUCGUUUGGACCCCAAGAGGAUUUACUGUUCUACAAAGCUUCGGAACUUUCCCGACAACGCAAGUGCCCCAGAAUCUACAUUUCGGUAAACAGCGGGGCUCGUAUUGGGUUGGCAGAAGAGGUGAAAUCUCUAUUCAAAGUGGCAUGGGAAGACCCAGAUGAGCCGGAAAAGGGAUUUAAAUAUCUAUACCUGACUACGGAAGACUACAGUAAGAUUGCGAAUACGAAUUCAGUUCGUGUCAUUUUGAUUGAGGACGAAGGUGAACCGCGUUAUAAAAUCACUGAUAUUAUCGGUAAAACCGAUGGACUUGGAGUGGAAAAUCUUCGAUACGCUGGUAUGAUUGCUGGCGAGACUUCCAGAGCGUACGAAGAUGUGGUUACAAUUUCAAUGGUUACCUGCAGAACUAUUGGCAUCGGUUCCUACUUGGUACGUCUUGGACAGCGUGUGAUACAAAUUGACAAUUCUCACAUUAUUCUGACCGGUUUCGCUGCGUUGAACAAACUGCUAGGUAGGAAAGUGUACGCAUCGAACAAUCAAUUGGGUGGAAUUCAGAUUAUGUACAAUAACGGUGUGACCCACAAGACGGAAGCCCUAGAUUUAGAUGGCGUCUACACGAUACUUUAUUGGCUCUCUUAUAUUCCGGAUGUUCGAGGAGGUAUUCUACCCAUUGUAUCGGCAAGCGAUUCCAUCGAUCGGCCGAUUGACUUCAUGCCAACCAAGGCUCCUUACGACCCGCGAUGGAUGCUGGCGGGACGUGUCAAUCCUUCCAAUCCCUCGGAAUGGGAAACCGGUUUCUUCGAUCGCGGAACCUGGUCGGAAAUUAUGGAACCCUGGGCACAAACGGUAGUUGUGGGCCGCGCCAAACUUGGCGGUAUCCCGGUAGGUGUGAUUGCAGUGGAGACGCGAACCGUUGAGCUAACGAUACCAGCUGAUCCGGCCAAUCUCGAUUCCGAAGCAAAGACAUUCCAACAAGCCGGUCAGGUGUGGUUCCCGGAUUCGUCUUACAAGACGGCACAAGCAAUCAAGGACUUUGGUCGAGAGGAACUGCCGUUGAUAAUCUUGGCUAACUGGAGAGGUUUUUCGGGUGGACAAAAAGAUAUGUAUGAGCAAAUCGUGAAGUUCGGUGCCUACAUCGUCGAUGGGCUCAGAGAGUACAAACAACCGGUUAUCAUUUAUCUACCACCAAAUGCGGAACUUCGAGGUGGAGCAUGGGCAGUACUUGAUCCCACCAUCAACCCAAGGUACAUGGAGACCUACGCCGAUCCGGAAUCUCGUGCUGGAGUAUUGGAACCCG